CAGAGCCCCAAACCGGGAGGAGGUGGCUACAUUGUGUCUAUUGUAUCCCCCGGCUGUUGUAUUUGUACAUUUCUCGGGCGUGAAAUUGAGAGUGAAAAACAUGGCAGAUGAGCAAGAAAUCAUGUGCAAAUUGGAAAGCAUUAAAGAGAUCAGGAACAAGACCCUGCAAAUGGAGAAGAUCAAGGCCCGCUUGAAGGCUGAGUUUGAGGCACUUGAGUCAGAGGAGAGGCACCUGAAGGAAUAUAAGCAAGAGAUGGAUCUCCUGCUACAGGAGAAGAUGGCCCAUGUGGAGGAACUCCGACUGAUCCAUGCUGACAUCAAUGUGAUGGAAAACACUAUCAAACAGUCUGAAAACGACCUAAAUAAGCUACUUGAGUCUACCCGGCGCCUGCAUGAUGAAUAUAAGCCGCUGAAGGAACAUGUGGAUGCCCUGCGCAUGACUCUGGGUCUGCAGAGGCUUCCUGACUUGUGUGAAGAGGAGGAGAAACUUUCAUUGGAUUACUUUGAGAAACAGAAAGCUGAGUGGCAGACGGAGCCUCAGGAACCCCCCAUCCCUGAGUCCCUGGCCGCUGCAGCUGCUGCUGCCCAACAACUCCAAGUGGCUAGGAAGCAGGACACUCGACAGACGGCCACCUUCAGGCAGCAGCCCCCGCCUAUGAAGGCGUGCUUGUCAUGUCACCAGCAAAUUCAUCGGAACGCACCCAUAUGCCCUCUGUGUAAAGCCAAGAGUCGGUCCCGGAACCCCAAAAAGCCAAAACGGAAGCAGGAUGAAUGAAGAGAGGGAGAGCACAUGGAGCUCUGCUGAUCAUAAACCUCCCAUCCCCCGACCUUGACCAGAGUGAUUGAUGUCCUCAUGUGAAACAACCCUGCCCCACCCCACCAAGUCUCCUAUUUAAUGUAAUGGAAGCACAACCCCUCUCUCACUUUGCUCUUAUUUCUUUCUGCUCUUAGUAUUUCUAGUUUAGGAAGAGAUGUGGUUCAGGUGCUAAUGACAGUGUGUCUGAGGAUCCCUUCUCUCCCACCUACAUUUCACCUACUGCCCUUGUUUAGAGCUAAGGGAAGAGCAAAAGGCCCAGAUGUGAUUCUCUGUCUCUUGUGCCUGAGGCCUGGAGCCUAAGGACCUAUAAGGUCUGAGGGGUGGAGGAGGCUCACAUCUUAUUCCAAGUAAAGGAUUCAGUGUUUCCCCUUCCUGUACUUUUGCCUUAGGCUCUGAAGGGACAGCAGUCUUCUUGCUGGAGUUACCAAUAGCCUGGGUGCUUCUAUCUCCCCAACUCCCACCUUCAUCUCAUCUUUAAGGCCAGCAGUAGCUUGGACAAGUCCUCCUUUUUAUAUUCAUUUUGGGGCUUGGCUGUUAUGCUUUAGCUCCCCCCACCUCAGUCUCCCAGAAAUACUAAAAUUCUUAGGUACCAGGCUCUGUGUCUGGGGAUCCUGAGAUCUGUGGGCCUUUCCCCCAUACCUCUAGUAUUUGCAAUUCAGUAGUAGAAGUUCCCCACAGUAAAAUCAGGGAGCCAGACCCACUAAGCAAGUCCUGCCUAACUCACUGCCUAAGUCACUGGGCCUGAGGGUUCUGCUUUAGGGGUUGCCUUAGGCUGAAAGAGGCCCCAGGAUGAUAUCUGUGUUGGCUUUUGUUCCAAACCAUUACUCUGGCUCAAUGGUCACAGGGAGGAGAGGAGUGGAUUUAGAUUCAAGUGAGUGCCAAUCUCUUUACAAAUGCAGGUAGGUGGAACUUUCUCUCCAUUCAUCCCUCCCUCUCUUGGAUCUUCCCUCUUCUGUAAGGCAACCUCAGCUCAGGACAGCCACUGGUCACCCCUGUCCUAUAGAUUGUUCGGGUGGCCUCCCUUCCCAAAAGAAAAGGCAUCAGGCUCCCUAUGCUCCACAGCUCUCCUCUCCACCAAAGUCAUUCUUGAACUUAAGGGGUGAAGAUAGAGGCUGACUAAAAGAAAAAAUUUUAGCCUCAGGUCUUAGUCCUUGGCUGAGGGGGGAUAUUUUUCCUUCCUUCCUUAACUGUAGUUUUACAUUGCCACAGUAUUUGUGUGUUCAUAAUAUAAAAGGUUCCUCUGCUCUUUGAAAAUAAGAGUGUUAUGUCUGUAUAAACCCUUUUAAAUAAACAUUUGUUGAUUGAAGUAAAUUCCGACUGAGUGCCUUCUGUGUACUGGAUAACACAAAAGGUGAAAUGCCAUUU